CAGAAUUAAAAAGUUGUAACUCAGGCUAAAAAAAAAAAAGAAAGUUGUUGUAAUUUCCUUCCAGGCUUGAUAAAUAAAAUGUUACAACGUUACCGCAAUUCAAAAAUAAAUAAAUAAAUAAAUAAAAUAACAUAAAACCGUAAAUCUUCCCUUUGUUGUUAGAGCUUAAUUAGCACCAGAGGUCUAUAACAUCACAGCCACUCUUACUUAAUUACAGGGCCCGUUCAGAUAAGUGUGGAAGGACUUGGAGGAUUUUCCAUUAUAGUCUCGAUGUCGGGGAAAAGGGCCUAUAUGGUUCUUAAACGCGUCUUUGUUCCUUUAUGGGCCAAACAAGCUGUCAAUGUUUAAAAAGAGGCAUGAUGGAUCGCUGAAUUCACUGCGCUGCCUUUCCACCCCGUCUGAUUCAGAGUCCUGUCUGCAGGAUUCAUAAUGUGUAAAGGCCGAAGACAGAUUCUUUUUAAACCAAAAUCUUAUUUUCAUGCUAACAUUCUUACUCAGCGUAAGAGCAGAGAUAAAAUAGUGCACGGCAUUCAAAAGUACAGACUAUAAAUAAUAACGAAACACAUGUUUACAGGAUUAAAUUAAAAAAGAAUGUGCAUUUCUAUUUUAAAACAUUAAUUCAACGCUACAAUACCUGCACGUCAAAAGAAUGAUUUACGCACAGUAAAUAAGAAUUCGCGUUUUUUUCCUCUAUUUAUAAUUUCAAUAAUACGAUUGUUACUAUUUUAUACGUGUAGUUAUUUUAUCUACUUCGUUAUUAUUAUUAUUAUUAUUAUUAUUAGCUGCUCCAACACCGCAGCCUGCAAAUGUGUCCUGAUGUUUGUGUUCUUAUCAGAUGGAUGAGCGAGUUUGAUUGAAGCAUUUGUCAUGUAAAUGCGAGCCGUUUGAUGGACGAGCCCGCAGACUUGACAGAGUGCUGUAGGUCCUUUGCCAUUGGCGUUUAGCGGAUCACAUGGUGUCAGGAAGGUGAUAUGAGGGUGGAAGGCAGUUUUACAGCUUUGACAUACUACCUAGAAGGGUUAGGGGCAAGGGGAGCACCGAUUAAUGACUGCUCGGUCUUGAUCAGUUGUACAAACAACAGACCCAAGUUCAGGAUGAACUCCUACUUAGACUACUCGGUGUGCAACCGCGGAGCAAACAUUUUCAGUGCCAAGGCCGGAUACCACAAUCUGAACCAUGGAUACAUGUCGUCCAACUCCUGCGCAACAAGUGAUAGUUACGCGCCGGACGGUCGUUUGGUGGCUCCAACUUCUGCGCCCCACCAGAGUCCGAGUCUCCCCCUGCACCACCAGCCCCACGUCAACCUGGACCUGCAGUUUGCGGCGCCGGGGAACUCCAUGUAUGGGUCACCUCUGGAGUACGGACAUCACCAGUACGGCCUAGCCCCCGAGCAGGACCGAAGCUUUAUCCACGCGCAGGUUUCACCCCUCGGAACAAACAUGGCUCCCUACACCGGGGACAGCUGCGGCGGGCCUCCACCUACCAGUCAGUAUCUGCACUUUGGCAACGGGGAUCAGAGGCAGCAAGAAUAUUCGGGGAGUGCUUACGCAAGGUUGCCACCUCAAUGUAAGGAGAGGGACGUGGAGCACACGGAGGACACUUCAAAAACUUUUGACUGGAUGAAGGUGAAGAGGAAUCCUCCCAAAACAGCCGCCCUGUCCGAGUUCGGCGUCCCCGGCCAGCACAACGUGAUCCGGACCAACUUCACCACCAAGCAGCUGACCGAGCUGGAGAAGGAGUUCCACUUCAACAAGUACCUGACGCGGGCGCGGCGAGUGGAGGUGGCGGCCAGCCUGGAGCUCAACGAGACGCAGGUGAAAAUCUGGUUUCAGAACCGCAGGAUGAAGCAGAAGAAACGGGAAAAACUGGGCUGCGUCCUGGUGAACGGGCCGGCAGCACCUGCGCAGAAACUCUCCGGCUCCGACACCUCCCCAAAGGCGAAAGGGGAAAAGCUGUGA